AUGCAUGAAUGGUUGCAGAGACAGGUGGCGAGACGAGUGUUAAGUAGCAAUGAGAACACCGGACUCCCAUACGUCUGUCACAAGGAUUCAUUCCUGUGGUCGCAGACAGGACGGGUGUCUUCGACGGUGCUACGAAACGCUUGGGCUGCACAAGAAGGUUCGUUGCCGACCAAAGGCAGUGCAUCAGGCCAGUCAAUAUGGCCAAACAGCGAUCAGCUGUGCCGAAUGCGAUGCCCUGCCAAGGAAACGGCCGAACACAUAGUGUCCGCAUGCAACCACUGGCGUACAAAUCUCAUGUUGGAAAGACAUGACGACGUAGCCAGGGUGAUCUACCACUCGUUGAAAAAGAAGUAUAAUAUCACUUCCAGAGUGACAAACACCCACGAACCACAUAUAGUGGAGGAAGAUCAGGUGUUGAUACACUGGAAUGACCGAAUACUGACGAGUGAGAACUUGCGGCAUGACAGACCUGAUAUAUUAGUCAGGGACCUGAAAGAGAGAGUCAUAUGGAUCAUAGAGAUCUCGGUCUCUUGGUUCACAAGAAUCUCUCAACAGGAAAAGAAAAAGGUCCAAAAGUAUGCUCUGAAUAGUUGCUUGCCGGAAGAUACGGACCCCGAGGAUUUCUAUCCCGGACCGAAUCUGAAGGCAGCACUACAGGCACAGCACAGAAUGAGAGUUGAGGUCGUACCGAUCGUUAUAGGAACGAGUGGCGAAUGCUCACCCGACUUGCGACGGUACGUCAGAUUGCUGAAAUUACCUGACGGUGAUAAAGCAAUCAUUGAAAGAAUGCAAAAGUGUGCUGUACUAGGGACCAAUAGAAUAAUAAAAUGCCACAUGUCUAAUAACGACAUGUAG